CUUCAUUAAAUUCAAUCUACGAAUUCAACUUUUGCGGAGUUAUUUGGUUUUUAAUGUUCUAUAUUGAAUAUAAUUCAAAAUCACUAUUCAAAGACAAUAACUGAAUAUGCCAUCGUCUCUUGUUGAAUUACGGCCAGACCGGCGCUUACUAGAUCACGAAUUCGAAGGAUACAAGUUGAAUCUUCAAGCCCUGCCGCAUUACACGUUUAAACUGGAGUCGCCUGUGGACAGGGUGUUUCCAGAUGAGAUUCAGUAUUCCUUUAUCCACGCUAAACUUUUUGCUCUGCAAAACCAUCUGGUGCUUGACUACUGGGAUUAUUCCUUUAAUUACUAUUACAUUGAUGAAAAACAGCAGGUACGCUACGUCACAUUUGAGAAUACAAACCACAAGUUUCAGAACAAAGUUGUAUAUGAUAUUCCAGCACACGAGGAAAGGAAAUCUGGCCAUUUCAACUUGUGCCUCACGUUUCCUUCGGCCAGCCUUGCUGUCGUGAGCGACGGCACAGGCUAUUUACACAUUGUGGACACAGGCGCCAGAAACAGAUACUGCCAGUGUACAUGGCAAACACUUCAUUCCAGUCUCGUUCUAGGGGAAGGCAAAUACUUUAUAGUGUUAGACUCCCGAUACCAAGAGAAAAAUGAUGAAGAAUCUCUUCACUGUUUGUUACAAUCAGUGGAGCAGAAUGAGAAACAUUUCAAUACGGUUCUCACCUGGGUCACAUUCGUAAAUUGUAAACAAACUUGGAAACAAACCAGUGUGAGGCAGCUUCAGGGCAAAGGUAUAGUCCACUAUGCGGCGAUUGAGACAAAUUGCUCAGCAUUGUACGUGGCAUCCGACAAUGCUUUUAAAUUCACUUCAGAUUCAGAAAAAGAAAUAACAGAGCCAACGAAAGAGGAACCAAGGAAUAUUAUUUAUACUUGGUUACAAACGACUGAAGAUAUAUCAAUAACGCUGCAACUUCAAGAUAAUUUUAAUAAGAAAUUAUUACACGUCCAGGUAACACCCACUAGUAUAAAAGUAAGUUACGCUGGAAACAUUUUUAUUGAUGGAAAACUGAGGCACAAAGUGGACAGUGAGUUCACUACGUGGAACGUCGAAGACUCUGGAAAAGUAGAUAUAUUAAUUACGAAGGCGGACAGCAUGCUUUGGGAUGAACUUUUGGAGGGAGGGGACAGUAAGGGAGAGCAGAUCAUGGACGCCAGCCUGGUGGAGGAAGCCCAUCGGAGACUGGCUCACUUGUGUUCUGAAACCGAGGUGAAAGCUGAUGACGCCAUGCCUGGUGUGUCUACACAGGAGUUGGAGGAAUGUGAUGCUGCUUCUGAAGAAGACACUGUACUAGUGAGAAUGGAUGUUGGGAGCCAUCAAAUAACACACAGAAUAUCGCUCAGUGUUCACCAGUACCUGUUCAGCAUCAACAUUGACAACCAAGAGGCCCCCGCACUGGCUCUACGGCACGACGUGGACGCUUGUAUCUGGCAACCCUACGCACAGCUCGUCAACUCUGACACAUGGCCGUUGAAACACCAAGGAACGCUACUAGCGUUUGGUUAUGUCCAAUCAUCUAAACAGAAUCGAAAAUUCGUCACGUGCCCUCCGAAUUUCUCAUACAGUGUUGUGUGCGAAGCUUCUAGGCAUAUUUUUAUUUAUAGAAGUGCGAGCAAUGACUCUCAGUUGAGAAGAAGGACGGAGGGUGUAAUGAAAUCUGUGAAAGUUGGCCAACAAAAUCUGUUCAACUUUGAAAAAUAUGGAGAAGUAAUAGGUAUCAAUGCUACAAAUGAAUUCUUGUUUGUAUUGACACAGAAAACACUUAUUGCAAUAGAAAUAUUAUAAUAUUGCAACAAUUAUAUUUGAACAGGCCUUUUCUUCUUAAGUUCUUGUCUAUAUCUGAAAGUUUCAAAGUUCCCCAAGGACCAAUAUAUGGGCAAAUCUAGUAUUUUAUAUCAAAGAAUUGGAAGUGUAAGUUCCAUGCUAUUUUCAAAUAAUGGCCGGCACCUAAACCUAUUUGAAUUGAAUUUUUUUUUUUUUCUGUGAUAACCCAGCUGAUUUUGCCAAACUUUUGGUUUCACAUAUUCGAAUUACAUCUUAUAUCAGUUUUCACAACCAGUUAUGCAAGUAAGCCAUGAAAACGUUCACAGACAGCCUUCGCAUUUAUAAUAUUAAGUUUGAAAAGUAAAUAAAACACAAACUGUCCAAA